GUGACAGAGACUAGGGUUUGUGAAUUGUGAGUAGUAGCAGAGUGACAUGGCGGAGGUUACUCAGAUCGCUCACCUGCUCAACCAGACACUCAGCCCAGACGCCAACGCCGUUCGUGCCGCCACCGAUGUGCUCGAUCGUCUUUCCCUCACUCCGCACUUCCCUUUCUAUCUCCUCUCCAUCUCCACCGCUGGAGAAAACCAAGGUCAGAAAAUUGCUGCUGCUACUUACCUGAAGAACCUCUCGCGCCGCAACAUCGAUGGCAGUAGCGCUACGCCUUCCAAUGUGAGCAAGGAGUUCAAGGAGCAGCUUAUGCAAGCUUUGCUUCAAGUUGAGUUUCCCGUUCUCAAGGUUUUAGUUGAAGUGUUCCGAGCUGUCGCUGUUGCUGAGUUUGUUAAGCAGAGUUCGUGGCCGGAGCUUGUGCCUAAUUUGCAGUAUGCUAUUCAAAAUAGCCAUCUUAUCAACGGCUCAAACUCUGGAUGGAAUACUAUCAAUGCACUUAUUGUUCUUCAUGCUCUUCUCAGACCCUUCCAGUAUUUUUUGAAUCCCAAAGUUGCAAAAGAGCCUGUUCCACCACAGUUGGAGCUUACAUCCAAAGAAAUUAUUGUGCCUUUGCUUGCUGUAUUCCAUCAAUUUGUUGAAAAGGCUUUGGCAACUCAUGACAGGGCAGAAAUAGAAACUGAGAAAGUCCUUCUCACUAUAUGCAAAUGCCUACAUUUUGCAGUAAGGUCCUACAUGCCGUCUACUUUAGCUCCUCUACUUCCUUCAUUCUGUCGGGACCUAAUGAGCAUUUUGGGUUCUCUGAGCUUUGAUUGUAUGGUCACUCAAGAAGAUGGUUAUUUGACAAGAUUGAAGACUGGAAAAAGAAGUUUGCUUAUUUUCUCUGCCCUUGUCACCCGGCACAGGAAACAUUCUGAUAAGUUGAUGCCGGAAAUUAUAAGUUGUGUUCUAAACAUAGUCAAAUUUAGCAAAAAUACCAGUAAACUUCCUUUCCUGUCAGAGAGGCUUCUGUCCUUAGGUUUUGAUGUAAUUUCAAAUGUAUUGGAGACUGGGCCGGGUUGGCGAUUAGUUUCUCCACAUUUUACAAUUCUAUUGGAAUCUGCGAUCUUUCCAGCAUUGGUAAUGAAUGAGAAGGAUAUGUCAGAGUGGGAAGAAGAUGCAGAUGAGUAUAUAAGGAAGAAUCUUCCUUCAGAUAUAGACGAAAUUUCUGGAUGGAGAGAGGAUUUAUUCACUGCCAGAAAAAGUGCAAUAAACUUACUUGGUGUUAUUUCAAUUUCAAAGGGGCCACCAAUGGAGAGUGCUACUGACAGUUCAUCAACUUCAACCAAGCGUAAAAAGGGUCAAAAGAACAAAAGAAGCAAUCAGGCCCGCUCUAUGGGGGAGUUAUUGGUGCUUCCGUUUUUGUCUAAGUUUCCCAUUCCUUCUGAUUCCAAUGUGUCUCAAAAGAAAAUCCUGAAUGAUUACUUUGGCGUUCUGAUGGCAUAUGGUGGCCUACAAGAUUUUUUGAGGGAGCAAGAACCUGGAUUUGUGACAACUCUGGUUUGUACACGGAUUUUUCCACUGUAUACCCAAGCUUUGUCCCUGCCAUACCUAGUUGCAAGUGCAAACUGGGUACUUGGAGAACUCGGCUCCUGUCUACCAGAAGAGAUGAGUGUUGAUGUAUAUUCUCAUUUGCUUAUGGCAUUGGUCAUGCCAGAUAAGGAGGAUACUUCUUGCUAUCCCGUGCGGGUUUCUGCUGUUGGGGCAAUCACUACACUACUUGAUAAUGAUUACAUGCCCCCUGACUUUCUACCGCUUCUCCAAGUAAUAGUUGGCAACAUUGGAAAUGAUGAAAGUGAGAGCUCCACCUUAUUUCAGCUUCUCAUUUCUAUCAUGGAAGCUGGAGAUGAGAAAGUUGCAGUCCAUAUCCCACAUAUUGUCUCAUCAUUACAUGGUCCAGUCUCAAAAUGGCUAACUUCCAAUCUGGAGCCUUGGCCUCAAGUAGUUGAACGUGCAAUUGCUGCUCUGGCAGUGAUGGGUCAGACUUGGGAAGAAUCCAGGCCGGAAGAAUCUGAGUCAAAAGAGUCCCAUGAAAAAUGGGCUGUGGGUCAAAUGGCAAUCGGUAGAGCUUUUGCUGCACUCUUGCAGCAGGCUUGGCUAACACCUCAUUGCACACUGGAUCAACUAGACCAACAUUCCCCCCCUUCAUCGUGCAUAGAAGAUUUGUCAACUUUGCUACAGUCUGUCAUGUUAUCUAUUGAUGAAGAUUACAUGAUUCAAGAACUUAAAGUGUCAGAGCUGCUGUCAGUUUGGGCUGAAAUAAUUGCAGAGUGGCAUGCAUGGGAAGAAUCAGAGGAUUUGUCGAUUUUUGAUGUCAUUAAGGAAAUUGUGAAUUUAGAUUGCAGAUAUAGGCUGAAAAACUUUCUUGUAAAAGAGAUGCCACCCCCUCCAGCUCCACCUGUAACUGAACGUUCAAUUGUAGAGGGCAUUGGCACUUUCAUCGGUGAGGCCAUUAAGCAAUAUCCUUCUGCAACAUUGAGAGCUUGCUCAUGUGUCCAUAUGUUACUACAUUGUCCAAGCUAUUCACUUGAAACUGAAGGUGUAAAAAAGUCAUUGGCUAUUGUCUUUAGUCAGGCAGCCUUCUCUCACUUCAUAGAAGUCCGAAGCACGCCCGGUUCACUUUGGAAGCCUUUAUUGCUUGCUAUAUCUUCGUGUUAUUUGUGUUAUCCUGAUAUUAUAGAAGGUAUUCUGGAAAAGGGUGAAGAUGGAGGAAUUGCAAUUUGGGGAUCUGCUUUAUGUCAUGUAUCCAAUAGCUCUUUUGAAGCUGGUCUUACAGCUGAGUCUGAGAUGAAGUUAAUUGUGAUGACACUGGCCCGAUUGAUUGAGCAACUUCUGAAACAAGGGAAGUCAUGUGGUGAUUCAAUUCAAAACUGCUUUACAUCACUGUUGGAGGUAUCUGUACGAUUGAAAGAAUUGCAGGAUGGGAAAGGAGAUGGAGAAGAAGCUGAAGAGCCUGAAAAUGAUUAUAACGAUGAGGAUGAGGACAGUGAGAAUGAUGGCUCCGAUGAUUAUGAUGAGGACUCUGAGGCUGAGGAAUAUGAGGAAACAGAAGAAGAAUUUCUUGAUAGGUAUGCUAAAGCUGCUGAGGCAUUGGAAAAUGGUUCAAUUAUUGAAGAGGGGGAUCUUGAAGAUCAAGAAAUGGAGAUGGAAUUAGGUCAAUUACUUGACGUUGACGAGCAAAAAGUUGUGUUGUCCUUGAUAGACAAAUACCACCAUGUGCUCGUACAGGGACAAGUUUUGCCCUCGCAACACAUCAUGAAUUUUCUGAAUGCCUUCCCUGGGUAUGGUUUGUAUUUCCAGCAAUACAGGUAAGUAUGGUUGAAGAUGAAAAUUUUCGUAAGGAAUGUCAGGGUUUUGAAAUGUUUGUAUAA